CCGCAGGUGCGCGUGCUCGGCGGUGUUGGCGUUGUCAUGACGACCCUCCCCGCGGCGUACACUGUGCCCAGGCCGCCCAGGCCGCCCAGGCACGCCGAGGACGUCAUGCUGGCCGAGAGGGCUGCAGUGCCCUGACAGUGCCCUGACAGUGCCCUGAGCCACCGCGCGGCCGAGCGAGCUGAGACCGCCGUGACGACGACGGCAGCAAGAUGAUGUCCCGCAACCCGCCCCUGCCGCUGCUGCCCGGCAAUGACUUCAACCGCAAGAUCGGCCAGACGCGCUUCCACAAGUCGCAGCACUUCGGCAAUGUGCACAAGCUGUCCAUGCUGCUGGACAAGGCGCUGCCCGGUAUUGGCGGCGCCCCCAUGCCCCACACGGUGCACUCACGGUGGCCGUCGGUGUACUGCCGCGGUGACGUGGCCACCCUGCCGUCGUGGCUCGCCUUCGACAAGGAGACGCUGGUGUUUGACGCGUACUUCAAGGAAGCCCUGCGAGAAGUGGAAGGAAGUCCCUUUCUGCCUCGCUACGUCAAGAUCUACUUCUACCUGGAGGACGGGACCAUCCAAGUGCAGGAGCCCAGGAGGGUCAACUCUGGCAUUCAUCAAGGGGUGUUCAUCUCGCGGCAGCGCAUCCGGUUCCCGCCGGACUCGCGCUCGGAGAGCUUCAUCGACAUCAUCGACUUGAACAUCGGCCACGAGGUGGAGCUGUACGGGCGCGUCUUCAAGAUCGUCAACUGCGACCGCUUCACGCGCAACUUCCUGAACCGGCUCGGCAUCACCGUGCCGGACCCCAUCGUCAUGCCCGAGGACCCGUACAUGGAGCGCCGGGCCAAGAUGCAAGAGGCCCUGCAGCCCAAGAAGCCCAAGAAGGUGAGCUUCGACGAGACGCAGUUCCUGCGGUUCGACCGCUGCGUGCUGCGCUUCUACGGCUACUGGGACGACCGCGAGUCCGAGGACGGCAUCCUGCACAAGCUGGUCGUGCUCUUCUACCUGGCCGACGACACGGUGGAGGUCAAGGAGGUCCUCCCCGUCAACUCGGGCCGCACCGGCAGCACCCUGCUGGCGCGGUGCAAGCUGCCCAAGGAGUUCACCAAGGUGGCGACGCCGGGCGAGUACGACGCCUUCACCGUACUCAACGUGCUGGGCCAGAGCGCGCACAACCGGCGCUUCAUCGUGGACGCGCUCAACUGCGGCGCCAGGCCCACCAACUUCUACACGCAGCAGGACCUGGCCAUCGGCGCCGUCAUCAACGUCCUGGGCCGCUGCGUCGUGCUGUGCGACUGCGACGACUUCACCAAGGAGCACUACCGCAAAAACUUCGGCCUGGAGGACUUCUCCAAGGUGCCCUACCCCCCGGACCAGGACGCGGUGUACGAAGCGCAGGACCGCCCCCCACUGCCGCCCUACAACGGCUACGGCUCGUACGAGGACUCGUCCUACAACUGCAAGACCAUCUACCCCGUGGCGCCCGUCAAAGACCUCAAGCAGUUCCUCCGCAAGGACAAGGAGGGCAUGGAUAGCCGCGUCCUCCGCUUCACGGCGCAGAUGAUCUCCAACAUCCCGCACUUCACCAAGAGGCCCUUCAUCUUGAGCUACUUCCUGGCGGACGACACGCUCAACGUCUUCGAGAAUGUCCACGUCAACUCGGGCUUCCAGGGCGGCAUGUUCUUCGGGAGGGACCGGUUCGUGAAGCCGGGCGAGAACCUCUUCGGCAGCGACCCUCCGGCGUGCUACACCAAGGAGGACUGCUACAUCGGGGCGAUGCUGGAGCUGCGCGACUUCAAGUUCCUGCUGACGGCGGCCGACGAGUACGCCCUGCGCUACAUGGAGCUGCACUGCAGUGAGUUCCCCAAGAGCAACAUCCGCCAGAUCCUGCAGAAGGUCCGCGAGCGCGCGCGCCCCGUGUACAAGCAGUUCGUGGCGGAGCAGCUGGGCGGCGACGCGCUGCGGACGGGGAGGGUCAGCUUCAAGACGCUGCGCAAGGCCCUCUUCGGCCUGCUGGGCGACCAGAUCACGGAGCACGAGGUGGUGACGGUGGCGCGCCGCUUCCGCGUGCAGCCCGACGAGCCCGUGGACUGCGAGGCGAUCCGAAGGCUGACGCACGUCGAGCUGAAGCGCUAUUUGUACCACGGCCUGGAGCGCCUGCUGGAGACGUUCAAGCACCUGGACGCGGCGCACACGGGCCAGCUCACGCGCAAGCAGGUGUACACGUGCCUGCGCGGCGCGCGCCUGCCCAUCGACGUGGAGCUCACCAACAAGGUGCUGGAGUGCAUGCCGCUACAGGACGGGGGCAUGAUCUUCUACCAAGACGUCGUCAACUUCCUGGACUACGAGCACUUCCCCACGGCGCCGGCCGAGCCGGCGAGCGUCCGGCACGACUUGAGCUGGAUGUCGCACGCCCCCACCGUGGACGUGAGCGAGGUGGCCGUCGACGCGCUGCUCCGGGAGCUGGGCCUCGAGGAGGACCUGCGCGCGAGCUGCGGCGACGCGGGCCAGGACAAGCCGGGCGGCACGGGGACCAUCGUGCCCGCCAACGCGCCGGGCAUGUUGGGGGCGGCGGUCACGGCGGGGCCGGCCGAAGCCCCUCUGGGGGCGGAGACGUGCGAACUGGUUCUUCGGCGACCCGGCAUCUUGUGCAAGACCUCGCCUUGCGGAGACUAGCGCCUCCGGCCCCACAUGCUCAUUUCGCUUCGUCCAAUAAUAGUUUUAAAAUCA